GCGUGCGCUUGGCUUUAAGCAGGCUAUCGGGUGGGGACUCGAGAUGUGUGUGAUUUGUGUGCAACGAGACUGCUCCUGAAUGACGCUUGCAACUGGAGACCCACCCCCGCCCGGCGGGGAUGCGGUGCAAACGCUCUGCGUGCAAUACAUGCGCACAGCAAGUCGUGGAUCGCCUCUUCGCGAGCUGCUCCUGUGCAGGGCUAACUUCGAACGACACAUUCCGACUGCCAAGGCGGGAGGGACGAAGGCAGCCGGCCGCUUCCCUUCCCCACCCCUGGGACGAGCACCCAAGCAGCUUCUGCGGCAGGAUCUCCGAUCCUUCUGCCCAUUCGGAGGCGUAGUUGCCGGGGUUGGGUUUGAAAGGCUGCCGUUUGGAUCAUGGGCAUUUCUGUUCAAGCUGCGCCAGAGGAGACCGAUGUAUAGUAUUAGCAACGAAGAAGGGAGAUCCAGCCGCGGCGUCUCUCGAUCCAGGACAUAUUUUUCUCCCGCCCGCGCGUCUUUGAAAUGACCCAGGCGGCAGCAGGCGAUGGUGCGGGGAGCCGCGGGCGUGGGCAGCUGUCGGCCGCGGCUUGAGGAAAGCGGCAGGCCCCCCUGGGAGUAGAUCCCGCCUUGCUCGGACGGUGUCUCUCUCUCUUGUCCCUCCACCUGAAGGACAAUGAGCUGGGCUGGGCUGGCCUGGCUCCUCCUGGCUGCUGCUGCUGCCGGGGCUCAGGAGCUGCUGCAGCCCCCGAGGGCGCUCAGCACGGGCGCGAGCAGCGCCAGAUCCGCCGCUACGGCCGCCGCCGCACAGGCAGCUGAGUUCGGCCGUAUCUACCAGGGGACGGUCAGUCGAGUCACGGAGCAGCUCUACGCCUUCAACUACACCAGCAAGCCGGGUCAGGUUGAUGCAGUCCGGGUCUAUGUAAAGAGCAAUUCUGAAGAUCUUCAGUAUCCAGUCUUGUUCGUAGUUCGGCAGCAGAAGGGGGUUCUAUCCUGGCAGGUUCCACUUAUUUUCCGAGGCCUUUACCAAAGAAGUUAUAGCUACCAGGAAGUGAGCCGUACCCUCUGCCCAUCAGAGACCACAUCUGAGAGUGGACCUUCAGAGCAGAUCAUAUUUGUAGAUGUGGCUUCCAUGGCCCCUUAUAAUGCUCAGUACAUGCUGCAAGUAACCAGGAUCAAGAGCUUCCAGCUUGGGACAAACACUGCUUUUAACUUCACUGCCAGCCCUUCUCAACCUCAGUAUUUUCUGUACAAGUUCCCACCACAUGCGGAUUCUAUCAUCGUCAGGGUGGUUUCUGACAUGGUCUACCCCUGCACUGUCGUCUCCAUCCAGGACAUUGUGUGCCCAGUUUAUGAUUUGGACCAUAAUGUGGAAUUUAAUGGGGUUUACCAGUCCAUGACAAAACAGGCAGCCAUCACUGUGCAGAAAAAGGACUUCCCGGGUGAGCAGUUCUUCGUCGUGGUUGUCAUAAAGCCAGAGGAUUAUGCCUGUGGGGGUUCAGUGCCUUCCUCUAUACUGGGAAAGACCAACCAUACCUGGAACCUUCAGAGAAUGAAGAGACUCGAAGUAACAGUCGUGCCCUCAAUUAAAGGGUCUGUUUAUGUGCGUGCCAUCCUCUUCAGUUUUUUGAGCUUCUUCUCCUUCUACCUGGGUGCACUGGUGGUUGCCUUUGUACACUACAUCAGGAUUCAUAGGAAGACUUCAGCUGGACGAUACACUCUCGAUAAUGGAUCUGGGACUGUGCCUUCCUCUCAUCCUAUCACUGCCAGCACCCCUGAAGGAAGCAGCUAUGGAGCUAUUGAUGAGUCAAGCUCCAGUGGAGGUCAGCAGUUAUCACCACUGGAUCAGAGGGCUCCUUGUGGCUCUGAUACAGACAGCUCAGUGGAAGAGGAAAGUGACUUUGACACCAUGCCUGAGAUCGAAAGUGACAAGAAUGUCAUCCGCACUAAGGUAUUCCUCUAUCUGUCAGAUUUAUCCAGAAAGGACCGAAGAAUUGUCAGCAAAAAGUAUAAAAUUUAUUUCUGGAACAUCAUCACAAUCGCUGUCUUUUAUGCCCUGCCUGUAAUCCAGUUGGUGAUCACAUACCAGACGGUGGUGAAUGUUACUGGAAACCAAGACAUCUGCUAUUACAAUUUCCUUUGUGCUCAUCCAUUGGGAGUCCUGAGUGCUUUUAACAACAUCCUCAGCAAUGUGGGCCAUGUGCUGCUGGGCUUCCUUUUUCUGCUGAUUGUGUUGCGCAGAGACAUUCUCCAUCGGCGCUCCUUGGAAAUGAAAGACAUCUACACAAUGGAAUAUGGGAUCCCCAAGCACUUUGGCCUCUUCUAUGCGAUGGGCAUCGCUUUGAUGAUGGAAGGCGUCCUCAGCGCUUGUUAUCAUGUCUGCCCCAACUACUCCAAUUUCCAGUUUGAUACGUCCUUCAUGUAUAUGAUUGCCGGGUUGUGCAUGCUAAAGCUGUACCAGACCCGCCACCCUGACAUCAACGCCAGUGCCUACUCUGCCUAUGCAUCCUUUGCAGUGGUCAUAUGCCUCGCUGUCCUUGGAGUGGUGUUUGGGAAAAAUGCAGUGUGGUUUUGGGUCCUCUUCUCAGUCAUCCAUGUCAUAGCCUCGCUUGGUCUCAGCACCCAGAUCUAUUACAUGGGUCGUUUUAAGAUAGAUGUCUCUGAUCCAGACUUUGGGAUUUUUCGACGUGCAGUUAUGGUGCUGUAUACAGACUGCAUCCAGCAAUGCAGCCGGCCAAUGUACAUGGACAGAAUGGUCUUGCUUGUUGUUGGGAACCUGGUGAACUGGUCUUUUGCCAUUUUUGGACUGGUGUAUCGGCCAAAAGAUUUUGCCUCGUACAUGCUAGGUAUCUUCAUCUGUAACCUUCUGCUGUACCUAGCCUUCUAUGUCAUCAUGAAGCUCCGCAGCUCAGAGAGACUUCUACCCAUCCCCCUUUUCUGUAUUGUGGCCACAGCUGUAGUUUGGGCUGCAGCCCUUUAUUUCUUUUUCCAAAACCUUAGCAGCUGGGAGGAAACUCCAGCAGAAUCUCGAGAGAAAAACCGCCCAUGUAUCCUUCUGGGAUUCUUUGAUGACCACGAUGUCUGGCACUUCCUUUCAGCGGCUGCCUUGUUUUUCUCCUUCCUGGUCCUGCUCACUCUGGAUGAUGAUUUGGAUUCUGUACCGAGAGACAAGAUCCCUGUCUUCUGAGUCAUGGGAUGAGGACAAGAAUGAUUUUUGAUGCUGCUCAUCCAGCUAGUGUUGCCAGCCAACGCAGUUGGUGAAAACAAACUUAUCAGUACACAGAGCACAAAACACAGAAACUGGUUUUCAACGGUUUCAUACACUGCUGGCAUAUGGGGAGGUUAUUCUAACAAACAAGAGAAGAGAGCUGAAAUAAGAGAGCUUCUCUUUGUCACUCAGACUGAAUACCAGAAUUCGGUAUCUCUAGCAUGGAUGAUAACUCUUGGUGCUUUGCAGUUUCUCUCCAGUUACUUUCCAGGAAUCUUGCAAGGGACAUAAGAUUUCUAUGUGCCCUAUUUUGGAAAAUGGCCGUGGAACUUAUAACUGCUUCAAUUAGACUGAGUCGGUGAAAUUUUUUUAUCUGGCAACUCUCCUAAAGCUUGGUGAAUUGCACUGUUGUUUCAUAAAAUGCUUCACAUAAGUAUCUUGGACUCAAUGCUUGAUGAAAAUGGCAGAUUCCUACCAGUAAAGGUUAGAGUCAGUGGUCAACUAUUUACCUUUUUUAAUGGGCCAAACUCAGACAAUUCUGACUUUUAUUUCUCACAUUUGUAAGUACGGUUGUGAUAAUAUUUCCCUUACAGGAGCUUUCAAUGAGAUUUCAAUGACAUGCUGAACCCUGUCCUGGACAGAAAUAUUAAUAGAUUAGCUAGAUGAAAUUUUGGGUUAAUUAUAAUGUUGGAUCUUGGCAUUUAUAAUAUUUGGAGACUGCUCAACCCAAGGGACUGUGAAUUAUACAUACAUAUCUCUGGUCCAUCAGAAGUUCUCUGGGCUACAUUGCUUCCUGAUAAUAUUACCUUGAACUCCAAAAUAGGUACAAUUUUUCUCUUGUUCCAUGCCCUAGUGAUCCUUGAUAUUGCCCUGCCAAUCUCAGCAGCAUUGUCACAAUGGUGUCUAAAUAACUCUCUUCUGAAAUACCAAGCCGUUUCAGAAAAAAAUAAAAGCCCAUAUUAGUGACUUUCUGGCUAAUAAUGCUGUCAGUGAAGUCUCAUCACUAGUGCUAUGGGAUUUGCUAAAAGCAGAGAUGAAGGAAGUAAUUUAUCAUGCAGUUCAUAAAAAGAAAGCCCAUAUUAGUCAAUAGACAAGAACAAUCUCUAUAAUCAAUUAUGGGCAAUCUCCAAACCCUGAUAAAUACACUAAGCUACUUAAACUUUAGUAUGAAGUUAAUCUCUUGCAUUCCAAACAGGUGGAUUUUAUCAUUUCCUGUAUUAAACAGGAGUACUGAAAAAGUAUUCAGCACUCCGGUCAUUACCAAGUCAGAAGGCGACAGGAAUUGAUGGAAUAGCUACAGAAAUAUGGCAGGCAACAGAAGAAGAAUCAGUCAUGGCUCUAACCAAACUCUGCCAGCAAAUUUGGAGAACGACACAGUGGCCAACAGAUUGGAAGAGGUCAAUCUACAUACCUAUACCAAAGAAAGGAGACUGAACAGAUUGCGCAAACCACCGCACAAUAUCCUUAAUUUCACAUGCUAGCAAAAUAAUGCUCAGGAUCAUCCAACACAGAUCAGAGCCCUACAUGGAAAGGGAAAUGCCAGAUGCUCAAGCUGGUUUCAGAAAAGGCCAAGGAACAAGAGACAUCAUUGCUCAGCAGGGUGGAUGGACUCGAUUACGACAGCAAUGAAUGCACCACUGAAAGACCUUAAAGGCCAAGUAUGUGGUCGCUAAGAGUCAACACCGACUUGACAGCACUUAAUCAAUCAAUCAAUCACUGGAAAAGUGGAGCAAGAGCCAGUAAGCUUCUGAAGCAUACAUUAAAAUGAAUGAAGAACAGAAAUCGUAUUGCCUCUCUUAAUGAUAAGGCAGAAAGGAUAUGGAACAACCAGAUGAAAAUUAAUGAAUUAUUUUGAGGCUUCUAUUCAUAACUGAUCCAAAUAACUUGUUUCUGUUAAAACCUAAUGGAUUUAACAGGACUACUUAGAAACAACUCUGGAUAUAAAGUCAAUUGGUUAAAAACUGAAGCCAUGUCCGCAGGUUCACCUAUUGCUGAUUCUUCCUAAGUAAAUUUGGACUUCAGUGGGGGCAAGACAAUGAGGCUGUCCUCAUGAGCAGCCUAGCCUGGACUAGGCUGCUCAUGUGUAAUGCUGGGAUCUGCACGGAUCCUGAUGCUCCUGCCAACCAAACCUUACUUUGCUCAGAGCACUUGGCCUAGAGCACCCAUCUGACGGGCGAAUUGCCCGAUGUACACACGCUGCAUUGUAGGAUUCCCAGAAGCCAGGACACAUCGCCCAGCCACUGGAUCUGGGUGCAGCUUGGUGCAGUGAGGAUUGUCUGGGAGCACAGUCUGCACUGAGCACCAUUUUUGCUGUCGUCUGUGGGGUGUUUUGAACCCCUUCCCUCCACCUGCACGGCCACCCAGUUGUGUGAAUACCCUUUAUAUUUAACAUAGGUAUUCUUAUACCCAAAAGUAUUCAGAAUGUGGUUUCUAUGAACUUUGAUCCACUAAUAAGAUGGAGUUAGACCUAAAAAGGUGGAAGAAAUUAAAUUGGACUCUGUGAGGAAGUAUCAACAUGAUUAAAUCCAGUCAUCCCACAUAUCUGUUUAAUAUUCCCCAGUUGUACUUUAAUAUGAUAGCUCAAUUGCUGCGUUGGUUUUUUUUAUGGUGGGAAGCAAAGAGACUUAGAAUUUCUUACAAAAAUCUACAACUCCCAAUUAAAAAAGGAGAUUGUAACUUGCCAAAACUGAGGAUGUUCUCUCAGGCAUUUCUCAGAUGACUUUGGUCAUUAAACUCUGUCAUAUUCAACAAAAAAUAGUUCUAAGGGCAUACUGGUCUCCCUGUAAGAUUUCAGUCAUUAGGGGGAACAACUUCUGGUGCAUGUUGACCCAGGGCAAAGGUGACCCAGGGCAAAUUUGAUGCAUAACAGCACUGUAAAGUGAUUCAGUAAACAGUACAAAGAUAAUUGACUUUAUACUUCAGCUAAACCUCAAAGCACCAUACAAGUUGAUAGUUUUUGGCUUGUUGCAUCCCCCAUCCCCACCUCCACUUUGAUCUCUUAGAGGGCCAGAAACAAUGGGUUAUUAGCCCUUUAUUAAUAGACAAAAGGCCUAUUCUUAAUUGUGGAAAGCAAAUACAGCCCCAGAUAUAGAUGACUGGCUGAAUGAGAUGAAGGCUCUGGCUGCUAGAGAAAAAACAUUUAGGGAAACAGACAAGCUAAGCAAAUCUUACAUUUGGAAAGCUUUCGUUAAACUCUUCUCACACUGACUUAAAUAUGGGACUGUGCUACCUAAGACUUGGGUUUGGUCCAAGCUUCAAAGGUGGUGGUGUAUUUUGGUUUAGUUUUGCCCUUUUCUUUCCUCCAUCUUUUUGAUGGGAGAGGGGGGAUGUGGCAGGUGGGUUUAUGGGUCCCCCCCGUUUUUGGUUAUGUAAUCUCACUGAAACUGUUCAUUAAUACAAAAACAAAAGAGCAAAAACCCUUCUUCCAUUGCAACGGUGGUCAGUCUGAAUUAUCUCUUGCACUGAAAAAGGAAGUAGGGGCAUAUUUUCCACGUAUGCUGUGCUUUAGGAUUCUUCAGCCAAAUGUGCAUUGUAAGAUACUAUCCUUUUUCACUACCAGUACCCCACUGUUUGAUUUGUCCACAUUUGUUUACAAGGAACUAACCCUUUUGUUUCUCCACAAGAUUUGAAGACCCCCCCGCCCCCACCAUUACUUGGGAACUAAUGGAGGACAAGAAACCAUUUGAUGUAGUUAUUUUUAUACUGAGAUUCUCACUCAGAGAGCUGCACAUGCAUGCACGCACACACACAUGCUCCACAUGAAAAGAAUCUAUAUAUAUAUAUUUCUCUAAGGUGUACCUGUCGCUAAUCCCAUGUGUGGCAGCUCUCGCGAGAGUUCGCAAGCAAGCUUCCGGCAGGGGGACAGGAAAGCGGUGCUGCUGGUGGACAGGAUUGUGGGUGAGGCAGGAAACAAAACAGCAGGGAUGGGGGGGGGGGUGAGGAGAAACCAGUGGCUGACGGGCAAAGGAAAUGGUGGUGGGUGGGCAAAGGAAACGGUGGCAGGGAGAACUAGAGGUGCAGAUGCUCUGCGCCCGGCCCAACUAGUUCUUUAAAUAAUCUGAAAAGCACAGCUCCUCUUCUGGGCGGAGGGGCACACCUGAAGAAGUCCUUUCCCACUUCUGAAAAAGACUUCUUGAUAAUGCACAUGCUGUUUUCUCACCUGGAACAUCUCUCCCUUCAGUCUCUCUGCAUAUAUCAUGACCCCUAAAAAGAUUUUUUUUAAAUGCAUAACUUCAAUUAAAAGCCCCUUUUAAUGGAAGUUAUGAGUUUCACCCCUUUUUAUUGAAGUAUGAGUUUCACUUCUCAAAGGACUCAGUGCAAUGCAUCAGGACUCGGUGCAAUGAAAGUAUGCUUCAGUGUCACUUGCCAGUAUUGGUGAUCUACAGCUGUUGAGACUGCUGUUCCUGAAGCUCAUGAAUCCCUUUUUCAGAGAUUUGCCUUUCAUUAUGGGACACUUGUGGGGAACAAGUGAGCUCUACCAGAAUGGGUACUUGCUUUCCUGUUGUUCUCCUGAUAAGGCAGACGGGAAGGAUGGAAUUGUUUCUGUGUUCUUACCAAACAUGGAAACAUAACUUUGUUUGGAAACAAAAUCAUUGUAUGAAGCAGGCAUUGUGCACAUAUUGUGUCCUGCUUUGCUACAUUUUAUGAAUAAAAAGAUGUCAUGUGG